AUGAAUGAACAACUUCAGUACGUGUGUCAGCAGCUUCCGCCUGAAAAACGUCCAACAACAAACGUGGAUAUACAGAAUACAUAUCAACGGUUUUUCGAGAAGUAUGUCGGCUCAUCUUCUGAAACUCAGACACAACACACGUCUCAAGCUUCAGCUUCUCGGCCUUCACCAGGCCAUCCCGACACGUCUGCACCAAAUUUUCCAUCUCAACCUUCGGCUAAUCCAUAUAUGUAUCAAUGGCCGAUGCCUCCGUACCCUCAGGCUUAUCAUCCUCAUAUGGGUGGACCUUCUUCCCAACCCUCGCCUCCUCAUAUGAGUGGAUCGUUGUCUCAACCACCGCCAUAUCCUUAUCCUUAUCCAUACAUAUAUGGACCUGGAGGAUCGUCAUUACCUCCACAGUAUCCAUGGUCGAUGCCUCCGCACACACCACAAGCACCGCAGCCACCGCCGCCACAACCGCAAGCACCAGAAGAAGGGAACAAUACAUAUGACGUUGAUGGUUGA